AGGAGAUUAUUACAUUAAGCAAACUAAUAAAUAAAUAUUUAGUUAUAAUACCGAAAUGUGGCUCAGAAAUGUUGCGAAAUCUGCAUGGCGCGGAAACUUUACUAUCUGCCAAAGCUCACAAAUUGGGGCACUAGGAAAAGAAUACUGCAUAUUAGGCAAUUUUAAGAGCCAUCACAUGUUAGCGCGGUGGAAAUAUAUGCAGCACAAAGGUGUAAAAGGUAUACGCAACAAAAAAAGUACUUUUGAGACUCUUUCAAACGAGGAAAGCGAAUCGGACAUAAAUAUGUCCAAAUGUGAAGAUAUUAAUAACGAACCACUCAACUUGGACGAUCGCGCUUAUGAAGAAUUAGCCAACAGUGCCAUGCACAUUUCACCUGGCUCCCUAACUCAAAACGUAUUCAUUAUACAGCCUUAUGUAAAAUGGGGAAGUGAACGAAACACCCUCACCACGCCUGAGGAUCAGUUGGAAGAGGCAAAGGCACUUGUGGACUCCCUGCCAAACUGGCGUGUGGCUCAUGCUAUCAAAGUACCUCUAGAAACACUACAUCGUAAAGCGCUUUUUGGGAGUGGUAAAAUUGAAGAGCUCAAAAAACAGUUGCAAGAACAUAACACAAAAAAAGCACUAUCUUGCCUCUUUAUUAGUAAAAGCACACUAAGCUUUGGCCAGAAACGAUUUCUGGAAGAAAUAUUCAAAUUGCCGGUGUUGGAUCGUUAUUCGGUUGUCAUUCAAAUAUUACGUCUACAUGCAACCAGUGCGGAAGCCCGUCUCCAAGUAGCCAUGGCUGAAAUACCGUAUAUUUGGACGCAAGCCAAGGACGCGAACCCGUCGCUAGCGCGGAAACAAGGCUACUCAUUUACAGACACGCAACGUGAAAUACUAAGGACAAGGGAGCGCAGGCUAAAACAGGAACUGGAACGGAUAAGGGGUCAUAGGAAGUUACUCCGCAACAAACGUAAACAAAAGAAUUAUCCAGUGAUUGCAGUGGUUGGGUACACUAACGCUGGCAAAACGUCAUUGAUUAAAGCCUUAACACACGAGCAAAGCCUGCAACCGCGUAAUCAGCUAUUCGCUACGCUUGAUGUUACAGCACAUGCGGGCAUAUUGCCAUGCAAUCUUGAGGUUAUUUACAUGGACACGGUGGGUUUCAUGUCUGAUCUACCCACUGGCUUAAUGGAGUGUUUUGUGGCAACUCUUGAGGAUGCUAUGCUGGCAGAUAUCAUUUUACACGUACAAGAUCUCUCGCACAAAUGUAAACAAGCACAACAACAACACGUAAUUGCAACAUUGGUAUCACUUCAAAAUUCUAUAGCGUCAAACGACCAAAUGCCACCCAUUAUAAACGUUGGAAAUAAAAUCGACUUGGUAUCGCCGGCGCAGGCCCAGCCAUCAGAAGACACACAUUUAGUGUCAGCGACAAAGGCCACAGGUCUAAAAGAAUUGUUAUUGGAAAUUGAACAUAAAGUACUUACAGUGACGGGACGUCGUAAAAUGACAAUGCGUGUGCGUAAUGGUGGUGCCGAGGUGGCAUGGUUGUACAAGAAUGCUGCGGUAACUGAUGUACGCGCCGAUGAAGGCAGUGCUGAGCAUCUAUUAAUGACAGUGGUUAUUAGUGAACUGACAAUGCAGCGAUUUAUCCGGACAUUUCUAUCAUCCAACCAUGAAUAGCAUAAUACCAGGUAAUACAUACAAUAAAGUUAUUGUGAUUAACAAAUAUAAAUAUAUUUAUUUGUAAUUUCGACAAAUGAAUUUUAUGUAAAAGAUAUUUUCAGGUUUAAAGAUCAUAUAUUAUAAUAUUAUGUAUGUACAUAAGUAUAUAUAGUACAUAUGUAUGUAUAUGUACGUAUGUAUUGAUGUACUUUUUAUUAAGUUUGUGCUUUAAAAACAAAAACAAAAAUAAUGGCUAAAAUUAUAGUGUAUUUGCUAAGUGUUUUAAAUACAAUGGUAGCCAAGGCUAAAUACAAUGUGAUUUCUCCUACUAAAAAUAUAAGGAAUACAUAUUCAUUUGUCCAUUUCUCCUUGUACGCGUUGAAGUUAAUUAUACAAUUUUAAAAUCUCUCAUAAUAACAAUUUUAAGUUAACUGAAAAUAUAACAAGCAUAGUAUAAAUAUUUUACGAUUAGUGUUCGUAGAAGUGGACAUAUUAAAAAUAACGAAGGCAAUACUCUUUGAUAUUCCAAGUGCUGCUACAAACUACUCAAUUCACCUUUGACUCAACAACUUUUCACUGGGACCCGACGACGCAGCAACACAAAUUACACUUCGUGCAAGGUAAUAAAAGCUGGAAAAUUACCUUUCAUAUCCUCCUAUUUUGAAAUGGGGUUACUUGAAAGAGACGAUUAAGUAAUGAGAAACCUCAUCGCUUUUCCGUUUUUAGAGACGGUCAUAGAGACGGUCUCAACAUCGCCCUUGCAGCCUUAACACCAGCACAAGCGGGGGAUCCACUUGGUUAACUAGUUUUUGCAAAAUAUACAUCAUCACAUUUUUUUAAGCUGUGACAAAACCAGAUCUAUCUUACUCGAUACAAAAAAUACUAAGUAUAUACAUAUGUACUUGGUAGAGGUACUCGAGUACUAUACAGUGUGGGGACGAAUAACUGUUACCCAGGUUUGAUGAAAAAUUAAAGGGUCGUUUCCACAAAUUUUACUUCAACUUUAUUUACUAGUUUUUAAAUUUUAACCUGUUUGUUAAACACUUUAAGAGAAAAGAGCAAGCGGCACGCAAGUCUUCGUCAGUUAGUUUAUUCCAUAUCUUCUGUAACCAUACGUUAAUUUCCUCCAUUUUGAGUCUUUUAUACUCCACUUUUUAUCCAACAUAAGGUCUCAUACUCAGAAAUCGAGUAGACUCAGAACUGAUGAC